CAUUUCUUUCUCUGCUUUUGAUAUAUAAUUUAACUUUGCUUAAGGCGGAGGGGAGAAUCUAAAAUGGAGAGCCACAUUACACUGUAAUCUGCCAGUGGUUCUUUUUUCUGGUUCGGCAACAGAGUGCAUUUUAAGGCACAGAAGCAGGCAGGCAGGCAGGCCAGGUUGAGUUUAGGAAUGUCAGCGCGUUACAGGGUGGUGUAGAGAGAGGGACGGAGCCAAACAGAGGAGGGACAAAGAGCAGGAGAGGGAGAGCGAGUCAUAAAUGCAAUAAUUACAGCUUAGGUAGAAAUAAGCAAAGCACUCUGCUCCCACUGGCUGCCAGCGUAGCUAACAACAGGACAGAAUGAAGAGGACCUAAGCAACAUUGACCUUUUUGUUUUGUUGGUUACACUACCAUUCAUCGCUCCUGUUUGGGAUUUAUUUGUAUUUUUUAAAUGAACAUAAUCACUGACGCCAAUCAUUUCUCAGGAUGGAUUUUCUUCUGGAUUCUGGCUGAUUAGGAUGGAUUACUUUCAGACAGUUUGCUCCAAGUCUUACUGAAUUUUCUUAGCACACUUGAAAUCGAGAUCUGUGAACCAUUCAGCAUGUCUGUGGCUGCUCUGUUUCGUGGCAAGUGGGGGACAAAAUCCCAGGAAAGCCCUGACAAGCAUCCCACCACUGUGGUGCUCGCCAACCACGAGGAGGACUAUGAUGACGACGAUGAUGAAUCCAGGGUGGGCCUGAGCAGAGAACCUAUUCGCAGAAACUCUCGCUUUUACCGUUCAAUGAGGAGGAAGAGAAUGGCUGCCUCUGAAAACUCAGACAGUUCUUCCAGAUCUGGAGUGGACAACACCACAUCACCAAACUCUUAUUCUAAUACUCCAUCACCCCAUAAAUCACCGGAACUGUCUGCGGCUGGUCGAUCUGUGUUGCCAAGCAAUGGAGAGGCCAGCAGCAGAUAUUAUUCUUUGUAUAAGGAUGCUGUGAAUAAGGAAAGGGGAAGUGUGGGAGGAGGGAGUGUGGACAUAUCUGCUACCUCCUACCACCACAACAGUGCUUUAACAUCCGACGCAAUCUCAUACCGGACUCACACCAUUCUUAGUGGGGACAUUAAAAAACUGUCUGAGCAAACGUCUGCAGCCUGCACCGUACGCGACAUUGGAAGUACCAUGAGUUCGGGAAUGCCGAGCCCUGAGGGAGCAGACCGGGACAACUAUAACCACAGGCUGCUGAACAAUGGAGCUUACUCUAAGCCAAUGAGCCUCAACAUUGUCAAAAACAUCGCCUUCUUGUAUCAGGAAUACCGAGAUACAUCCAAAAAGCAGGAGAUUGAGCAAAGGCGCCAGCGUGAGCAUCGAACUCCUUCCACCAUGUUGGCAAAGUCCAAUGUCUCUCCUGCACCAGUGUUACAGCUGCAGCUGAGGAACAAUGCCCGUGCGCUAAGCUUGUGGCAGAACCUGGAAGUGGUGCAGGCCAGUGGACUACUCAACCAGUUGCCACAAAAAGAAGUUAUAAUGCAAGAGGCCAUGUUUGAGCUCAUUACUUCGGAGGCAUCGUACUACAAAAGUUUGGAGAUUCUAGAAACUCACUUCCUACGUAAACCUUCUUUAAUAAACAACCUCAGCCAAUCUGAUAUGCACUUUCUUUUCUCCAACAUCGAAGAAGUCAUGAAAGCCAGUGAACGGUUCCUAAUGGAUCUCGAACACCGAAUCGAGAAGUCCAUUUUGAUUUCGGAUGUGUGUGACAUUGUUUAUAGCCAUGCUGUUCAGCAUUUCAGUGUCUUCAUCAAGUAUGUCAUUAACCAGGUGUACCAGGAGAAGAACUACAGGCGAAUUUUAGAGGGUAACCAGGCAUUCCGAGAGACGAUGGCAGCAUUGGAGAAACAUCCAUGUGUCAGAGGGCUGUCCUUUACAUCGUUCCUCAUUCUUCCGUUCCAGAGGAUCACUAGACUCAAAUUACUCGUUCAAAAUAUCUUGAAAAAUUCUGAAGAAAACUCUGAGAGGGAAGCAAGUGCCAUUAAAGCUCACCAGCAACUGGAGAAGAUUGUGAAAGAGUGUAACGAGGGUGUCCGCAAAAUGAGUCGCACAGAGGAGCUUAUCAGCAUUGAAAAGACAUUGGAGUUUAAAUCCAAGUCUGUGCCCAUCAUCUCCCACUCCCGCUGGCUGCUCAAGAAGGGUGAGGUGCAGCUCAUGGCGGGACCCAAGAGCACCAGGACAUUGCGAAGCCGUAAGCUUUACCAGCCCGUCUUCUUGUUCCUGUUCAACAACCUGCUGCUGGUCACCAAGCGCAGCUCGAGUGGGGACAAGUUUCAGGUUCUUGACUCCUGCACACGGGCUAUGCUGAGGACUGAAGAUCAGGAUGACCAAGGCCAGAUGCUGGCCUACGUCUUUAAUCUUAAAUUGAUGGAGAACCAAGAGGACCGUGCCGUCAACUACAUGCUCAAGACCGCAAGCAUGAGUGAUAAGCUUCGAUGGAUGAGUGCGCUGACUCCAAACCCACGCACUCGUUUUAUGUCGACCAGCGCGCACCAAUCAGACUCUUUGCAGGUGCAGUGUAUUCAGUCCUACUCCUCUCAGGAGCCAGAUGAACUCUCUAUUGAGAUGGCCGACGUUUUGAAUCUCUUGGAGAGGACAGAUGAUGGCUGGAUGAUGGGGGAAAGGCUCCACGAUGGCGAAAGAGGAUGGUUCCCAAGUCGACUUGUGGAGGAGAUCCAGAGUCCGGAAGUUCGAGCUCAGAAUUUGAGAGAGGCAUUCAAGGUUCAUCAUGCCCAAGAGGCUGGUGGAGCCUUGCAAAGUGGAACAAGGAUUGGCUUAAGAGCAGGAAGACCCAUGCCGAAAGUCUCCAACCUCUUCAGUUUGUGGAAUGAUCCCAUGGGAAGGAAGUAAAGCAGAGGACUUGAAGAAGAUGCAUGUGCAGAAGCAUUGAGUCCUUGAGAUCUUGAAUUAUGGGCAGAUGACUUUCAAGCUUCACUUUCUUGCUGUCAGUAGCCCCUUUUUGACAGAUUGCGCACAAAUGAUGCAUCAGAGCUAUAACAGAAGAGCUAGCACGAUCCACCAUUGCUUUUUUUUCAUGUAGAAACCAAUACAUGCGCGCUCGCGCUACUGGCUGUGUAGGAAAAUCCAUACGUUUUCAAAAACUUCCCAAUGGCAACCUUGCCCCUGUCAUUACUUUUUUAGUAAACUGGCCAGUAGAAAACUAGCAGAAAAACAUUAGGAAAUGCCUAACGAUAUGCUUUGGUAUAUUGUAUUGUAUUUAAUAUUACUAAUGCUCUCACAUGCACAGACUCAUAACAACAUAGUUAACAUUUUGAGUUCCACAACAAUUUAAGUUUUAUUAUGUAGCGAAUAAAUGGUGAAUAAAGUUUAAGUGUGUGAAAUUGACAUUUGGUAUAAAAAGCAUAACUGAUGCUUAUGCAUUCUAUUCUGGUGAGUGGCUUGUAGAGGGCUGAAGCCACCCCCUGGUGGCGCCCCUGGUUGUUUCCAAGAGAGGACGUUUGUGAGAGUAAAGGAGAGAGUGUCAGUAUUAUUAGGCUGCCUCUCUAGAUGCCGAACACUGUGUUCAUUUGGGUUGGCUGCAUCACUUAUUGUGUGGUGGACUUCUGUUAUGGCUCUGAUACUACCUCCAAAUGUAGAAAAUUGCCAAGAUGACUUUGUCCACCCUCAUUCUAUCUCGAUGCGUUCUUCUACAGGCAAUUUAAAAGGGUCUAAGUGAUCACAAACUCAUCAAAAUGACUCAAGUGAUGCAUGGCUUAUAAAUGUGCAAUGAAGGGUGUUGUUGCCCUUAAUGUGGUGUGUAAUAAAUGAAGGAUCUAUAUUUGAUAAAGAACUUGUUUGAGGGUGAACAUUUUGUUGUAGUUAAUUUAUUGUGAAGUUACUGUAAAUGUCCCUCAGAUGCGUGGGCAGGGUUUAACCAUUUGAUUGUGUUCCUUCAUUUCAUCAUAAAAAUGCAUAGCAAAUGUUAUGAAAAGCAUCAAUGAUUACCCAAAUGUCUGUCUGCAUGACUACUGAAAAGAGUAAGUCAGCAAAAUGUAUUUUGGAUUUACGACUCACUGACCACAGCUUGGUUAGUCUUCCCAAAAUGUCUCUCUGGGAUGAAAAUUUACCAAAAUCUUAGACCUAAAACAUUCCGAUGCACGCAAAUACACAGAUGGUAAAUUCUGGUUUUAUUACAUUUAGGUUGUAAAUGUGUACAAAUUUAUAUGAAGUGUGGAACAGCAUGAUUGUAAAACCUGUAUGUUUCUGUAUGUGUACAUAAAUGAAGACAUUCAAAUGAAAA